UGGGAUCGGGAAAGAAGACAAGGAACAGUUUAAGCAAAAGGAUUGUUUUCCCCGAACUUUGGUUUCUUUUUUCUUUCUUUUUUUUUCUUUUUUAGAGACAGGGGUCUCACUAUGUUGCCCAGGCUUGUCUCAAACUCCUGGCCUCAAGCCAUCCCCACGCCUCGGUCUCCCAAAGUGCGGGAUUACAGGCAGGCGCCACUGCACCCAGUCUGAGCCUCAGUUUCUUCAGCUGUAAAAUGGAAGUAAUAUCCUCCUCACCAUGCUUCAUAUACGAUAAGCACUCAAUAAGUGAGCUUUAUGAUUAUUAUUAUUUAUUUUAAUUUUACUUAUUUUUCUGAGACUGAGUCUCACUCUGCAGCCCCAGGCUGGAGUGCAGUGGUGCGAUCUCGGCUCACUGCAGCCUCCGCCUCCUGGGUUCAAGCGAUUCUCCCGCCUCAGCCUCCCGAGUAGCUGGGAUUACAGGUGCCCACCACCAUGCCUGGCUAAUUUUUUUUUUUUUUUUUUUUUUUUUGAGACGGUGUCUCUCUCUGUCGCCAGGCUGGAGUGCAGUGGCGCGAUCUCGGCUCACUGCAACCUCCGCCUCCCGGGUUCAAGCGAUUCUCCUGCCUCAGCCUCCCGAGUAGCUGGAACUGCAGGCACGCACUACCACUCCCAGCUAAUUUUUGUGUUUUUAGUAGUGACGGGGUUUCGCCACGUUGGCCAAGCUGGUCUCGAACUCCUUACCUCAGGUGAUCCGCCCGCCUCGACCUCCCAAAGUGCGAGGAUUACAGGCUUGAGCCACCUCGCCUGGCCUAUUUUAAUUUUAAAGGUUAAUAGGACCAGCCCUGAAAUCAGCCUCUGCCCCGCUGGCCCUACUCUGGUACCAGCAGCGCCCAGUAGCAUACACAGCCGCGUGAGCCUCCACCUCCGUCCGCAGGUGUCGCUGUGGGUGCCGCGGCUGGGCCCCUCUAGGCGGCGACGGCGGCACCGGAAGUCUCGUUUUUGCCCGCUUCCGCUCUCUGGCCGGGCUUGGGCUGCGUGGAGAAUACUUUUUGCGAUGCCUACUGGAGACUUUGAUUCGAAGCCCAGUUGGGCCGACCAGGUGGAGGAGGAGGGGGAGGACGACAAAUGUGUCACCAGCGAGCUCCUCAAGGGGAUCCCUCUGGCCACAGGUGACACCAGCCCAGAACCAGAGCUACUGCCGGGAGCUCCACUGCCGCCUCCCAAGGAGGUCAUCAACGGAAACAUAAAGACAGUGACAGAGUACAAGAUAGAUGAGGAUGGCAAGAAGUUCAAGAUUGUCCGCACCUUCAGGAUUGAGACCCGGAAGGCUUCAAAGGCUGUCGCAAGGAGGAAGAACUGGAAGAAGUUCGGGAACUCAGAGUUUGACCCCCCGGGACCCAAUGUGGCCACCACCACUGUCAGUGACGAUGUCUCUAUGACGUUCAUCACCAGCAAAGAGGACCUGAACUGCCAGGAGGAGGAGGACCCCAUGAACAAACUCAAGGGCCAGAAGAUCGUGUCCUGCCGCAUCUGCAAGGGCGACCACUGGACCACCCGCUGCCCCUACAAGGAUACGCUGGGGCCCAUGCAGAAGGAGCUGGCCGAGCAGCUGGGCCUGUCUACUGGCGAGAAGGAGAAGCUGCCGGGAGAGCUAGAGCCGGUGCAGGCCACGCAGAACAAGACAGGGAAGUAUGUGCCGCCAAGCCUGCGCGACGGGGCCAGCCGCCGCGGGGAGUCCAUGCAGCCCAACCGCAGAGCCGACGACAACGCCACCAUCCGUGUCACCAACUUGUCAGAGGACACGCGUGAGACCGACCUGCAGGAGCUCUUCCGGCCUUUCGGCUCCAUCUCCCGCAUCUACCUGGCUAAGGACAAGACCACUGGCCAAUCCAAGGGCUUUGCCUUCAUCAGCUUCCACCGCCGCGAGGAUGCCGCCCGUGCCAUUGCCGGGGUGUCCGGCUUUGGCUACGACCACCUCAUCCUCAACGUCGAGUGGGCCAAGCCGUCCACCAACUAAGCCAGCUGCCACUGUGUACUCGGCCCGGGACCCUUGGCGACAGAAGACAGCCUCCGAGAGCGCGGGCUCCAAGGGCAAUAAAGCAGCUCCACUCUA